CUCGGGAGUCGGGUCUCGGGGUUCCAGUUCGACGACGACCCUUGAGUACUACUUGACUCGAGUCCACAAUGCUUCGCCUCCAGGGACGGCGCACGAGCGCGCGGAUGGCUAACGACGUGGGGGUGUCCACGCCGGAUGUAGGGCACGAAGCGGCGGCGCUGAGCGGCGGGACGGGGGAUGAGGAGCCAUUGGUGUCCACCGGGACGGAGGAGCCGCCGGCAACGGAGGAUGGGGUGCCGGCGGAAAUCGAGGAAGAGGGGAAGGGACCGGCGGCGCCAUUGGAGGGGUCACCGGCGGUGAUCACCGUGGAAGGAGAGGAGGAGGUGAAGUGGCUGGGGCAUUACUCCUCUGCGCAGACCAUUCUCAUCGUCGGCGACGGAGACUUCUCCUUCUCUCUGGCGCUGGCCACCGCAUUCGACUCCGGUGCCAACCUCGUCGCGACGUCCCUCGACACCUAUGAGGUCCUGAAGCGUAAGUACAGCAAAGCGGAGGCAAAUAUAGUGAUUCUGAAAAGAUUGGGCGCCACGGUUUUGCAUGGUGUUGAUGCGAAACGAAUGAGGUUUCACACUGACUUGAAGAACAGACGGUUUGAUCGUAUUGUCUUUAAUUUUCCUCAUGGUGGAUUCAAAGGAAAAGAGAAUGACUUGCGUAUGAUCAACUUGCACAAGGAGUUGGUGUGGGUUUUUUUCCGCAAUGCACGCCACCUUGUUCGGCAACUUGGUGAAGUCCAUGUUACCCACAAGUCUGGGGAACCAUACGACAGCUGGGAUCUUGAGCACCUGGCCUCUGAGUCUUCUUUUGCUAUGUUUGACAAAGUUCCUUUUCGAAGGGAAGACUAUCCAGGUUAUAAUCAAAAGAGAGGAGAUGGUAAGAGGUGCGACAAACCUUUUGAUCUUGGUGCAUGUUGCACAUUCAAGUUCCAAAUCAGAAACUUGAAGAAGCAGAAGCAAAUGAAUAGGAGGUCUCGUUUAAUCCCAAACCUUGUAGGCAGCAACUUUCAUCCAGGCCAUUCGGUAACUGACAGGGGGGUAUUUCAUCCAGUUGCACCUGUUGAAGCAAGGUCUUGGCACCAUUUUUCUCCGCCAGCUCACACAGAGAGCAUGCUGAUGUCUCCACAGCCUUACACAGUUAAUCAAUGGCAACGGUCAGGUUUUCCACUGAACUCUGAUGGCAUUGUGGCUGGACCUUAUUUGCAUAAACAGGAGAGUUGCCACCCGGUGGUGAGCAUGCCAGGCCCAUGGCUGAAUGAUUUGCCCGCUCAAGGUGGCAUUCCUCCACCUCUACCAAUGAGCAGAAUCCCAUCUCCUGAUCUCCUUGCACCUCGGGAGCAGCCUUGGUAUCAGCAGAGAACUAUUCUUGAUCACCCAGGAGUCGAUGACUACUUCUUUGCCCGGGAACACCAAAUGAGUCUACAGAGGGAGUAUGAAAUGAAGAGGCAAGUCAUUCCAUUGGAACAUCGCCGUAGGGACAGGGAGUCUGUUGAGAAGCUAGAGUGGCUGCACAGGAUGAUCGCAUUGUAUGGUAGGAAGUGAAGGAUCUUUGGGAGGUGCCAGUAUGAAGGAGCUGGGCCUACCAGUUUCAGGCUUCUAUAGGACUACAGGUAAAGGUCAUUUUGUAUGGCAUGCACUGACCACGGCAAUGCGAUGAGUUGCUAACUUGCUAUUUUGCUGUUAAUACUGUCUGUACGCUAUACUCCUAGGCAGUUAAGCAUGCCUGCUUUUGAAGUGGAGCUGUCCGAAGAGAGUUCCUGAUUAGUUGCUCAUUCUGCAAUAGAGUAUGGCUUACAUUUU